AUGGAGGAACUACAGGCCAAACACCGCAAGGAGCAAAAAGACCUCCAGGGGCGCAUCACGCAGAAGAAAAAGGCCGCUACCAAAAAGACCCGCAAAGGCAUCAAUGACGAGUGUGAGCGCAUGCAAUACGAGCUCUCCGAGCGACAACAGGCCGAGAUUGCAGAGCUCAAUGGCGAGCCAGUGGACCCUAGCGAGGCCCUCGAGGAUCUCAGUCUAGAAGACAGACCAGCUGAGGAACCACCCACCGACACAACUCCAUCCACCGAACCCGCAACAUCAGAAGAACCACCCUCCUCCACAGCAACACGCAGCGCUAAGAAACCCAACCGCCAGAAAGCCCGCCUCGCCCGCCGCGCAGCCGAGCAGGAAGCCCUCUCCGCGGCGGCAGCAGAAGAGGCCGCGACCCAAACAAACUACCGUGGCAACGAGCAAGAAGUCAUGGAGAAAGUGUUCAAGCGGCUCGGCCUCAAAGAAAUCGAAGUGACCCCCGACGGCCACUGCCUCUACUCCGCCAUCGCGAAACAGCUCGACGACUCCGGGAUAGGCUUGCGUCCGGACCCGAGCCGGAUCAUCCUCAAACCAACCACGCAGUCCCGCAUCGAGACUGUCGUAUCGCCACAGCAUGAUGGGUAUAGAGCCGUGCGCGCGGUGACGGCGGAUUUUAUCGAGGAGCACAAAGAGGACUUUGAGCCGUUUAUGGAGGAGCCGCUUGAUGCGUACACGAGGAAAAUCAAAUUGACUGCUGAAUGGGGGGGACAGCUAGAGCUGCAGGCCAUUGCGAGGGCGUAUGGAGUUGAGAUUAAUGUGGUGCAGAGUGAUGGGCGCAUGGAGAAGAUUGAGUCUGGGGAUGACGGGGAGAGCCUAGAUGAAGAGGAGAAGCGGAGGCGGGUGGUUUGGUUGGCAUAUUACCGGCACUCUUACGGGCUGGGCGAGCAUUAUAAUGCGCUGGUGAAGCAGUCUUGA